AUGGCGACACGCUCAGUGUCGGUAAAGACGUCUACAUCUCCGCUGCAGCUGUUGUUGAUGUUGAAUGCUAAGAACAUGACACAGCACCUCGUCACCACGUCUCCUCCCUCACUAUGA